AUGACGCACGAGCCUUCAAUACAGCUCGAUAGCGUUUCUUCACCAAGCGACGGUAUCAGCGACAGCGGUCUCAAGCGGAAGGCGCUAUUCCUUGCCCGUUGUGUCCUAUCCCCAAAGGCUGAAAGAGGAUAUCAGACGUCCGCAACUGGGGGCAAUCGCGGCAUUUUCAGUGCUCAGCGUAUCUCCACAAGAGCCGGCGAGAGUGGCAUUGUUCCAGAUGGUGUACAGGCCAAUCAUGGAGUGUAA